GCAGAAGUCAUCACUGGACUUUUUGGAGGAAAUGAAAAUAACCACAGCUUCGUGGUAUGACACAGAAAGAGAAAAUAAAAGAAGAGAAUAGAGGCCAGACCAAGAAUCUACAUCUACAUGUUGUAUAAUUGACCACAAGUAUUUACAGAAAUGCAUUAAUGUAUGUAAAAACAACAGCGUCCUGUAACAGGGAUGAUGAUGACUGUGAAUUCAGCAUCAUGACAAAAAUAAACAAGAUGAGUCCUGCACAAAACGAACUCAGGAAUCGGAACAAAAAACAUCUCAAACGGCGAGCAACUCUCACUUCCUUCAGUUGAUGUAUGAAAAUGAGUAAAGCGAUGACUUGCAGACGAAAGGUGUUUAAGCCGCACAGCAAGACGAACACACUGGGUGGUAUGUAGACUGACAUUUUAUUUGAACAAAGGAAGAUAAUUAAACUACAAGAUUCUGUCAAUAUCAGAUCAGAGAUUAAGCAGCUUUUCUUUGUGCGACGCAGUAAGUAUCAGAAAAUAUUAUUUGCCAUAUGCUCAUGAGGAUAAUUCUAACUCUUUGGUUUAUUUGGUAACGCUUUAAAAUGCAGCCUGUGAUUUACCGGGUAAUUGCAAUGUCGUUUUCAUUUUGUCACAAAUAAAAUAAAAAAGGAUUUUAGAGGAAAGAUAGAAGAAAGUAAGACAACAAUGACAUUUUUAAAUUGCAUUUCUAAUAAUAUUAAGGAGGCUGACUGAGCUCACAUCUUAUAUGGUGAUCAUUUAUUGUAGUGUUGUAAAUUUUCUGUGUUUAUUGUGUGUUACUGCCUCUGUUGGCCUUUAUUUGUCUGUUUUUAUUGAAUUUCAGCAUUGAUUUUUGCAGUUUUUAUUCACUGAUGGGAGUAAUCACUGAGAAAUUGCAAUGCCUUAUCGGUUGUACUUCACUUGUUCUUUUUAACAGAGAUUUUAAAAAUGGGUCCUGGAGUGAAAGAGAAUGAAUCAACGGCAACAGGAGGAAGAAAACAAUUUCAACUCAUAAUUUUUCUGUGCUUGUUAAAUAUCAGCAGUUUUGCUGUUCCAGUCAGAGGAUUUGCAAUGAAGAAUUGUAAAAUCAGUAAUGAUAUUGCCAAAUGUGCCAAGAAUAAACUCAGCGCUGUUCCUCGAGAUAUUCCCUCAACAGUAAAAGGUUUUGACUUAUCUGCAAACAAAAUUUCAAGAGUACAAGUAUCAGAUUUCAAAAAUCUACCAGUUUUGACACAGUUAGAUCUAAAUGACAACUUCAUCUCGGAGAUAGAUGACAGAGCCUUUGUCAAUCUGAUUUCCCUCAAGAAGUUAAAUCUAAAUAAUAAUAAACUUGUUGAACUCAGAGAGGAUCUUUUUAAUGGUUUGAGCAACCUCACCGAGCUCAGGAUUACUGGUAAUCGCAUCAGAGCUGUGGCGUCCACGUCUUUCAAGUCCAUGAUAAGCUUAACGUUUCUGGACAUUUCUCAGAACAAACUGCACGACAUAAGAAAAGUUCAUUCAAUAAUACAGCAUCUGCCGCAGCUACGAGAGUUGUACAUUCAAAAGAACGGUUUUACCACUUUUCACUCGUGGGAACUGACAAACAGCUCGCUACAACUAAAAUACCUUGAUCUGACUCAUAAUCCAAUCACACUUUUUCAGAUCACUGCAGAUGUUUUACCAAAUCUGACCUGGUUUAACAUCGGUGGCUCUUCCCAGAAGAUGAGAUGGGAUGUGCGUAACAAGACCUUCUUUAGUCGAGUGUCUACUCUAGACAUUACCGGGCUUCAAAUGUCUUUAAAUGACAUGAAAACAUUACUAGAGAGCGUAAACUCCUCACUAACGUGUCUGAGGAUGAAUGCAAUGAAUCAUAACUUUGCAGCACUGAUUAACAUUUCCUGUUCCAUCCCAACAUUGUCCAAACUGCAACUCCGCAAUUACAAACUCAGCUCUGUCAGUUCUGAUUUGAUUAAGUUGUGCAUUAAUGUAACUGAGUUAGAUUUAGCAGUUAAUCAAAUACAAAACAUCAGUGACAACACCUUCAGAUCUAUUCAGAGAUUAAGGAUCUUGGAUCUGAGUCGCAACAAGCUUUCAUCUGUUCCAGCUGCCACGAGGAAUCUACCGAUUCUUCAAGAGUUGGAUCUGAGCUCUAAUCUCAUCAGCAAACUUGAAUGUGACGAUUUUGCCAAUCAGACGAUGCUUAGACACCUCAACCUUUAUAAGAAUUCAAUCUCAGCUCUAAAAGGUUGUGUUUUCAAGGAUUUAAUACGAUUGCAAGUUUUGAAGUUACAUCACAACCAACUGUCCAAGUUACAUGGUGCUUUCAACAAAUACUUGCCAAACCUUAGACUACUGCUAUUGGAUGAAAAUAAACUCUCUGCCAUUAAUUAUGGAGAAUUCCGGGGCUUACAGUCCCUCCAGAACUUGUCAUUACAUCACAAUCAAAUACAUCAACUUGAAAUGGGGUGUUUCAUUGGAUUGACGAAUCUUUCCAUUAUUCUACUCCAGCAGAAUCUUAUCACAGAAAAAGAAAUAAACAAAGGUAGUUUUAAUGAUCUGAUAAAUUUAAAGAGAUUGGACUUCAGGGAAAAUAGAAUUCAAUAUAAAAACGAUUCAGCUUUGCCUAAUGCACCAUUUUCUCAGCUGUCCCGUCUGGAGACAUUGGCUAUUCCUUCACAACACCGCAGGCUGAAGUCUGACUUGCCUCGCAACUUCCUGCAAGGUUUGACAAAUCUGCGGGAUCUCGAUAUCGGGACCACUCAACUUUUAACCUUGCACAAAGACAUGUUUAUUUACACACCUCAGCUGCAAAAACUUGAUCUUAGCUCAAAUGAAUUUAGGGAUCUCUCUCCAGAGUUGUUUUCCCCAAUUCCAAACCUUAAAAGUCUUUACAUAUCUAGAACAAUUCUUGGGUCUCUGGAUUUUCUUGUAAAUGCCAGCCUUUCCAAACUGGAGUUCUUGCAGGCGAGAAAGAAUCAAUAUUCAGUUAUCAGUGAGGAAAUAAUAAAGUCCCUACCAGCUCUUGUUUAUGUGGAUCUUCAGGGGAACAGUUUCAGGUGUGACUGCGAUAACGCCUGGUUUAUCUGGUGGAUAGAAAACAACAACCAAACACAAGUUUUUGAUGCCUAUAACUUUACCUGCAACUACCCAGUGCACCUUAAAGGCAAGGAACUGUUGGAACUUGACGUCCGGUCCUGCUCAGUAGACAUUGAAUUCAUCUACUUUAUCUUCACCACAUGUACAGUCCUACUGUUUAUGGUGGUGUCCUUCACUUACGAUUUCCUGAGGUGGCACCUGGCCUAUGCCUACUACCUCUUCUUGGCUUUGCUCUUUGACACAAAGCACAAAAACAAGCAAGCUCCUAAUCAGUAUGAUGCCUUCAUCUCCUACAACACUCAUGAUGAGCCCUGGGUCGUCCAAGAGCUGCUGCCCAAACUGGAGGGAGACCAGGGUUGGAGAUUGUGUCUGCACCAUCGAGACUUUGAGCCAGGUAAACCCAUCAUAGACAACAUCACAGAUGCCAUUUAUGGAAGCAGGAAGACCAUCUGUGUGAUCAGUCGCAGAUACCUUGAGAGUGAGUGGUGCUCCAGAGAGAUCCAGGUGGCCAGCUUCCGUCUGUUCGACGAGCACAAGGACGUGCUGAUCAUGGUCUUUCUGGAGGACAUUCCCACCCGUGAGCUGUCUCCUUACUACCGCAUGAGGAAACUGCUGAAGAAGCGGACCUACCUGAGCUGGCCUCGAGCCGAAGAGCACACGGAGCUGUUCUGGGAGAAACUCUGCCAGGCUCUGAAGACCAGAGACGAUCGCAGUGAGGACAUCCUCCAGCUCACUGUGGGAGACAGACCGUGAUGAAAAGAAACCAUGAACCUUCCUGUACGAGGUUUACAGCCAGUGUAGUUCACUGGUUUAUAUAACUGAGACUGCUGUUUUUUGACUAAAUAUUAUAAUAAGAUAAUAUAUAAGAUUUGUGACAUUUAGAGCUCACUGACUCUACGGCCUGAGGGCUGACUAGUCACUUUAAUCAGAGCAGCUGCACCUACUAAUCAACUGAAAUGGAAAAUCAGGAGCCACAAGUUGAAAUGUUUCCGUACAAGUAAACUGGAAAUCCAAGUUAUGAUUGAGUACCAGAAAUGUAUUUUUUCCAUGUCGAAGUAAAGUGAACUACCAGUGUAACCUGUCGCAGUCUGGAUGUGACACAACCUGACAAGUGUGGGAAAAGAUGAUUUUAACAACCAUAAAGCAACUUAUGGUGACAAAAGUAGAAAAUAUGGCAUGUUAAGGAAUUAAAUUUAUCUCAUUUGAUAACAAAUACACCUUAGUUUUGUUUUCACUGUGCAUCAAGCCAUUAUUUAAAAUUAUUAUUACUUUUAAUACUGUUUUUAUUAUAUUGCUUGCUAUUUGCCAGAAGCUCACAUUUGUGUCCGUGUGAAAUAUCUCAACAGCUGCUGGAUGGAUUGUCAGAAUUAUUUUUUUAAGACAAUCAUAUUUGUCCAAUACUUUGGUUUAUGAUCAAAUAUGUGCAAAAGUAAUGACAUUUUCAUCACCUGUACUUUGUGUUCAGUGCUAAUUAGCAAAUGUUAGCAUGCUAACGUGCUAAAUCAGUCUGUAACCUUCUGCAAAUUAUUACACGGAGCAAACAGAAAUGCUGCAUUUCCAUCAUGUUUUUGAAUUUGUUUUUUAUUGUUUGAGCUUUAAUUGGUGCUUUUUUUAUUUUCAUCAUCUCAUUGCACCUUUUUCUUCUGAAAUGUUUUAAUGGCACCCAUCCAGAGAAUUUGCACUUUUCUGUCCUCAAUAAUUUUAUUGCUUCAAAUUUCCUUGCAUUUCUGAUCUUUAAUUUAACUUCUGAUGCUGAUUUAUUACUGUACCAUAAAAUGAAAUUUGCAAUGUAAAGUAUGUGUUCGUACAAGAGGAGUUAACCUUUUAG